UAAUAUGGCAAAUGCUCUUGCAAAUGCCAUAUGUGAGCGCUGCAAAGGGGGCUUUGCACCUGCUGAGAAGAUUGUUAACAGCAAUGGUGAACUGUACCAUGAACAGUGUUUUGUGUGUGCCCAGUGCUUUCAGCAGUUCCCUGAAGGGCUCUUUUACGAGUUUGAAGGAAGGAAGUAUUGUGAACAUGAUUUUCAGAUGCUUUUUGCCCCUUGCUGUCAUCAGUGUGGUGAGUUCAUUAUCGGUCGUGUUAUUAAAGCUAUGAAUAAUAGCUGGCAUCCAGAAUGCUUCUGCUGUGACAUCUGCCAACAAGUACUGGCAGAUAUUGGAUUUGUCAAGAAUGCUGGCAGGCAUCUUUGCCGUCCUUGUCACAACCGGGAGAAAGCCAGGGGUCUGGGAAAAUACAUCUGCCAGAAGUGCCAUGCCAUUAUUGAUGAACAACCGCUCAUAUUCAAGAAUGAUCCCUAUCAUCCUGAUCAUUUCAACUGUGCCAAUUGCGGGAAGGAACUUACUGCUGAUGCUCGUGAGUUGAAGGGAGAAUUAUAUUGUUUACCAUGCCAUGAUAAAAUGGGUGUCCCCAUCUGUGGAGCAUGUAGGAGACCAAUUGAAGGACGAGUGGUGAAUGCUAUGGGGAAACAGUGGCAUGUGGAGCAUUUUGUUUGUGCAAAGUGUGAAAAGCCAUUUCUUGGUCAUCGUCACUACGAGAGGAAGGGCUUGGCAUAUUGUGAAACCCAUUACAAUCAGCUGUUUGGUGAUGUUUGUUUCCACUGUAAUCGUGUGAUUGAAGGAGAUGUUGUCUCUGCUCUGAAUAAGGCAUGGUGUGUGAACUGUUUCGCUUGUUCCACUUGCAACACUAAGUUAACACUCAAGGAUAAGUUUGUUGAAAUUGAUCUAAAACCUGUCUGCAAACACUGUUAUGAGAAAAUGCCAGAAGAAUUUAAACGUCGACUUGCCAAACGGGAGCGAGAAGCAAAGGAUAAAGACAAGCUGAAAAAGAAAAAGCCAAUCUGUUUGUAAACUUUUCUUUUCCUCCUAUCACAAUCUCUGCUCUUUUCUUCUUUGGUCAGUGUUUAGGACAUGUAUUUUUCUUUUAGUUUUCUGCAUGUGUUUGUGAUAAUCAAAGACAGAACAACUAUUAAUUUACACAUAUCUAUGAUUUGAAAUUUUGAACACUACAUUUUAAUAUGUUAAGUUUAGGCCAUUGUGCUCAGAAAUUGAGCUUGAAAGGUUUCUUAAAUCGCAAAAUUCAUAAAUUUUGGACUUCUUGGAGAAAAAUUCUCACCUUGCUGAACAGACUGUUUUAGACCACCGUGUAGCUAUGAUUUCAUUCCAGCUUCCCAAAUUGCACAAAUUUUGUGCAUAUAGUUAAUUACAUAUGCCAGUAGGCAUUUGUGUGCAUGCAGGCUGAAUAGUUAGCUGUCCACCUGCCUAUCUGCAUGUUCAAAUGCAGGAUUAUGUUUAGAAAACUUGUGGAUGCAGAUUUAGAAGCUAGUUGUGAAAACCUGAUAGUUUUGAAAUUCCACUUUUAGUAAAUGCCUUGUGCUUCCAUUUUAACAGUCUACAAAAUGGUUUUUAAGCUAAUAUAAAAUGUCAGUCCCUGAAAACAAUUCUGCAUGCUGAGUACAUUUUCUUGUUUUAAGACUUUUUCGCUAACAUUAACAUUUUACUCCAUUUUUAAAUUACUGUAUCAUAACAGCACUCAAUUAGACAUAUAACCAUAAUUCAGUAGCAGAGAUGGGACUAGGCGAAUCCACAUAUUCUUCUUUGAGUGCUUGCUAAUGUCCAUUCUAUUGUAGGUGUGCGCACGCCCUUGUGUGCAGCCGUUGGAGACUUUUGCCUUAGCAGUACCUGUAGGGCUGGCUGUGCCGCCCUCUGGAGUGCCGCAUGCAUGGUGCAGUAUAUCAGGCGCUGCCGGCCCUGCGCCUUCUCAGCUCCUUCUUACUGCCUGUGGUGGUUAAACGGAGCACCUCUGUCCCUUGCUUCGCAAGUGGUCAGCAGUUUUUCUUCAUCUGUUUAGCCUUGUGCUUCUCUGUAAAUAGUUUUAAGCGUUGUUAGUUAGUCGUUAAGUCCCGUUUAAGUGUUUAGUUAGAUAGUGUCCCAGCGGAAACUUGGCCCCCGGAGAACAUGCCCCAAUCUCCAGGUUUCAAUCCUUGCUCAUCCUGUAAUAGGCCUGUGCCUGUUAGUGACCCUCACAAGAGCUGUUUACAGUGCCUUGGGGAAACCCAUAUAAAGAAGCACUGUCGUAUCUGCCAGAACUUUCAUCCACGGACUCAGAAGGAGCAUGAUAUCUGCCUCAGGGCCCUUCUGAUGCAGGCUGCCCUGCGUCCAGCUUCAGAGCCAGUGCAGCCUGAACUGGCACCCAGUGCUUCAACUUCGGUGCGUAGCACACUUCUGGCACCAGGGUCCUCCCAGCACCAAUCGCCGUAUCCAGUGCCAAAGAAGAAACCUAAGAACAUGGCACCGGCCAAGACCGACCAAGAGGUUCCGGGCAAGGAACCCUGUUCGUGCCUUCUGCCCACUCCGGACCCGUUGAAGGGUUCAGCCGCGGGGGGGUUCCUCCCCCAGAAAGGACCCGCCACUGACUCCAGGGAGCCGUAAAGGGCCUUAGCAAAUGGCACAACUGGCCCCCUCCAAGGGCCUGGCACCGGGAGAGUCCACAGUGCCUCCUCUGUGUGUAGAAAGGACCCAGCUAGGGCUUCCCGUGAGGGCAAGAUUGCCGGAAAGGCCUCACACAAAUCAGGUGAGCGCUGCCGGUCUCCAGAGCCAAGACAGAGUCAGAAGUUGCCACAUUCUUGGUCUCCAUGUAAGCCUACAUCUCCAGCUAGCCACUACAAGUUGCGGGCACCGUGCUCUCUAUCUCCGUUGUCGCCCCCUUCCCCGCACUUCCCUAUCCCUCUUCAGGGACCCUUCUCACAAGCAGCUCCUCGUUCAGGAGGUCGAGAACCUCCUACGUUUGGGGGCUGUGGAGGAAGUUCCUCGGGAUAUGCAAGGAACAGGAUUCUACUCCCGCUACAUCCUAAUCCCGAAGGCAAAUGGGAAGCUCAGAUCCAUUUUGGACCUGCGGGGCCUCAACAAGUCUCUGUUGAAGUUGAAGUUCCACAUGGUAUCCCUGGCUUCCAUCAUCCCUUCUCUGGAUCCAGGGGUCUGGUACACCGCUCUCGACUUAAAAGACGCUUAUUUUCAUAUUUCUAUUUUCCUGGGGCACAGACAUUUCCUGCACUUUAUAGUGGCAGGGCGCCACUUCCAGUUUACGGCGCUGCCUUUUGCCUGUCCUCGACCCCCAGGGUGUUCACAAAAUGCAUGGCAUCGGUGGCGGCUUAACUGAGGUGUCGAGGGGUCCAGAUCUUCCCAUAUCUUGAUAAUGGCUCAUCAAGGGCAGGCCUUCGGAGGAGGUCCAGAGGAGGCUCGAUCUGGUGCACUCCACCUGCAGCGAUUUGGGUCUCCUAAUAAACAGAAUAAUCCAUGUUAGCACCAGUUCAACACAUAGAGUUCAUCUGUGCGGUUCUCGACUCCAGGCGGGCCAGGGCAUUCCUGCCGAAGUGCGUUUUCAAACCAUGUCAGACCUGAUCGCUCACAUACAGAGCCAACCGCUCACUACAACCCACAUGUGCCUGCAACUGAUGGGCCACAUGCAAGUACAUGGUAAACCAUGCCUGGCUUCAUCUGAGGCCCCCACAAAUGUUACUGGCCUCAGUCUACAUUCCCAGUAGGCACCCCCUGGAUUGAGUGGUCACGGUGCUGAGUCGUGUCUUCUCACUGCUCGACUGGUGGCGGGAUCCCAGGUUGGUGCUGCGGGGAGACCCUUUUGCAACCCCAUCACCCUUGCUCACCUUGGUCUCAGACGCCUCAGGCCUGGGCUGGGGGGCCAUUGGCUGCAACAUGACCUAGCCUUUCAUAUCAAUUUCAGGGAACUCAGAGCAGUUCACCUCGCAUGCUAGGCUUUCCUGCCAGGUCUUCGGCCCUCUGUUGGGAAGCGCUCAGCCUUUGGGACUUUUGUGUGUGGCAGGACGUUCAUUUGGUGGCCAUUCACCUGCCCAGUACCAAGAACAUCCUGGUGGAUCACCUCAGCAGGACCUUCUUGUCUCACCACGAAUGGUCGUUCUACUCGGAGGUGGACAGCCUAGUCUUCUGAAGGUGGGGACUCCCAGGUGGACCUGUUCAUGUCCAGACAGAACAGAAAGUUCCACAUGUUCUGUUCUCUGCAUAGCAGGGACAAGGGCUCCCUGUGAGACGCCUUCCUGAUCCCAUGGUCGGGAGCACUCAUGUACGCUUUCCUGCCGGUGCCGCUGAUCCACAAGGUCCUGCUCAAGGUGAAGUGAGACAAAGCUUCAGUCAUCCUCAUAGCCUCGGCGUGACCUCGGCAGCACUGGUUUUCCAUGUUCCUGAGCCUUUCGGUAGCCACCCCAUUACAGCUGCCUCUUCGGCCGGACCUACUGUCCCAGAACCAUGGCAGUCUGCUGCACCCAAACCUGGCGGCACUGCACCCAACGGCCUGGUUUCUGCAGGGAGGAGCGGCCGUGUUCUGCCAGUGUCCAUCAGGUCUUGCUGGGCAGCAGGAAGCCCCCCACUACGACUACCUAUGUAUCAAAAUGGAAGCGGUUCCCGUAUUGGGCCACAGAUUGCCAUAUCCUGCAGGAUGUCCUGGACUAUUUACUACACCUAAAGCUCCAGAACCUGUCGCUGUCCUCGAUCAAGGUGCACCUGGUGGCUAUUUCGACUUUCCGCCCUCUGUUUCAAGGCAGGUCGGUCUUCGCACAUCCCAUGACAGCACGGUUUCUGAAAGGUCUGGAGUGCCUUUACCCGCAUGUCCGCAACCCGGUCUCUUCUUGGGACCCGAACCUUGUGCUUUCUAGGCUCACGGUGCCUGCCUUUGAGCCCCUGGCUUCCUGCUUCCUUCUGCUGUUAUCCUGGAUUGUCUCCUUGUUGGUCACUAUAACUUCAGCCUGUAGGGUGUCUGAGAUCAUGGCACUCACGUCCGAGUCCCCAUAUACCAGGGGUUCUCAAACUGGGGGUCGGGACCCCUCAGAGGGUCAUGAGGUUAUUACCUGAGGGGUCGUGAGCUGUCAGCCUCCAACCCAAACCCCACUUUUCCUCCAGCAUUUAUAAUGGUGUUAAAUACAUAAAAAUGUGUUUUUAAUUUAUAAGGGGGGGAUCGCACUCAGAGGCUUGCUAUGUGAAAGGGGUCACCAAUACAAAAGUUUGAGAACCACUGCCAUAUACGAUCUUCAAUAAGGACAAGGUACAUCUGCGUCCACACCUGGCCUUUCUGCCCAAGGUCGACUCCCAGUUCCACGCGAGUCAGGACAUAUAUCUUCCGGUCCUUUGCCCGAAGCCUCAUGUGAGGGAUGAGGAACGCACACCUUGGAGCUCUGGCCUUCUACAUAGAGAGAAUGAAGCUAAUCCGUAAGUCUCUGCAGCUGUUUGUUGCUGUCACGGACCAAGUGAAGGGUUGUGCAGUAUCCACCCAGAGGAUCUCGUCCUGGAUCAUGGCUUGUAUCCGCUACUGCUAUGAGCUGGCGAAGAUGCCCCCACCACCAAUUGUGAUGGCCCACUUCGCUAGAGCACAGACCUUGGCGGCGGCCUUCCUCAAUCAGGUGCUGAUCCAAGAAAUUUGCCAUGCCGCAUCUGGUUGUACAUCCACGCUUUUGCCUUGCACUAUGCGCUGAUCCAGCAGGCUCAGGCUCAUGCUAGUUUCGGCAGUACCACAAUCUGCAAGACUCUGAACUUCGAGCCCAACUGCUGGGAUUCUGCUUGUAAGUCUCCUACAAUGGAAUCAACAUGAACAAGCACUUGAUAAAGAAAAAACCGGUUACCCAUUGUUUUGUAACUGUUGUUCUUCGAGAUGUGUUGCUCAUGUCCAUUCUAUUACCCGCCCUCCUGCUCCUCUUUUGGAGUUUUCGGCAAGAAGGAACCGAGAGGGCUCAGGGCCAGCGGCACCUGAUAUACUGCGCCAUGAGCACGGCACUCCGGAGGGUGCCAUAGCCGGCCCCGUGGGUACCCGCUAAGGCAAAAGUUUACGACAGCUGCACACGUGUGCACGUGCACACCUACAAUGGAAUGGACAUGAGCAACACACCUCGAAGAACAACUGUUACAAAAAGGUGGUAACUGGUUUUUGCAAACUCUGUCAAGAUGCCCUCUGAAUAGUAAUUGACUUGUUUCUCACAGUUCAUACAGAGUUUAUAUUUUGUUUUUUGGAGUUCUCCAAAAGUUCUCUAUAAUGAGAAGGUUUUUGAUUUUUUUAAAAUAAAGUUUAUAAUUCACAUUGGACUGAGUCUCCUGUUACAAUCCAUCAUAUUGCUGCAAAGUGACAUUGAAAUUAACAGCUCCUGGAAUCCCAUGGGAGAUCAGAAAAUCAUGUCCAAUAUGUAUUGAUAAACAGAAGAGUUUUACUGUUUAAAUAUUGAAAAGACUUGUUAAAAUAUCAGACACAGUCAACUUGAAAAUUACAUUUCCAGCUGAAAAUUUAGUAUGUAUUGUUUUAAGUAACUCGAGAGAUUACUACAAUUGAAAGAAAUUAAAUAGCAUUUUAUUUUUCUGUUUUUCCAGUUUGUUUAUUGUGCAUUUGAUAGCAGUUUGUUUUAUUGUUUUGUUGAUACAGUGGCACUUCCUGUCUCAUGGGCAAACUGGCUCAUAACUGCCUUCUGCAGGAAUUCUUCCGUUUUCCUCUGCAGCAGCUAGUACUCGCAACUGUCAGAGACAGGAUACUUAUAUAUGGCCACUGCUCUGAUCCAGUAUGGAAAUUCAUAGCAUCUUCUGCCUAACAGUUCUUGCCCAUACCCACAUCAGAUAUCUGUAGGUCCAUAAGGCUGGGUGUCCACAGACUUCUGAAAAUAUAGCGUGUAUCUUUACUGUUAGGUUUACAAUUCAGUGGUUGCACAACACACAGUAUUGCAUAAAACAAUUUUCCUCAGUAGCCAAAAGUUCUCUAUUUGUUUUCCUGUACAGCUGUUUCUUUCACUUCAGCUAUUUACUUUCAGGUCUCUUUCACAUAAAUAUUGACUAUAUGUGCAAGGAUUGGCCAUUUCAAUUUUUCAAAACUCAAAUCUGUCACCUUUAGCAAAUUCACUUGUACUUAACCUGCCAGGGCUAAAAAUAAAUAAACACAUAUCAAAAGUCUCUCCUGAAUUUGGGUUUCCCUUCUUGAAAGUUGGCACCCAGUGACAAAGCUGGGCAGUGCUAAUAACAAGUAUAAUUGUAUGUAACAUAAAAAAAUAGAUUCAAGUAUACAUCUAUAUUUGUUGUCUUGCUAUGUCAUUUAUAAUCUUAACUCCAUGUAUAUAUUGAGCAAAAAUACUGAAAAAGCAUUAUUUUGCUGCCUGUACUAUGUCAAUAUGACAUGCUACAAAUACUCUUUGAAAUCUCUUUCACAAAAGAUAUUUUUCCUUUUUUAUCAU